GUAUUCAGUUGAGUGGAGGAGUAGGUUCGCGGGAGGAUGUCGUUGUAAACAAAUAGUGUUUGUGUAUUUAUUAACGAAAAUUGUAGUGAUAUUAAUUAUAGGAUAAUCAAGAUGUCGUCGUUAUUACCUUCAGAACUCGGUCGUCUAGUUUUAGGUUUUUUAGAAGAGAAUGGCUGCCAGAAGGCUGCAGACCACCUCCUAAAAGAGCUCCCAGCCCUGGCAGAAUGCGCUCAACUCCGGAAAAAGGGUCGGAAAAUCACCACUCGUAUUGGCAACAAGUCCCUAGAAGAUAUGCUCGGAGAAUACACAGACACAAAAGAUUUGGUUACAGAGAAAAAGAAGAAAUAUCCCGUCUCGCUAGCAAAAGUCCCGCUGUCCGAUAGGCUUUUGGAACAAGUGGAGUGUAUGAUAAGCUUAAUUUUAGAACUAAGGUCGGAGCGUAGUCAUCAUUUAGGCACAGUGUUAAAAGACCAUGGUGCGAGCCAGAGCGCCCAUAUGGCUCGUCAAAAGAAGAUAUGGGCAAGUAGGCCAUCGAGCUCUAUGCAGCGAAAACAGCUUUUAAUGGAAGUGAACACCACACCAGCGAACAGCCUCCCAGGAGCCAGUUACUGUGAGCCAAUACGAGUGGAAAUCGCCAGCAACAUUUCCUCCGCCGAGCCAACCCCUUCCUACAAUGGGGUGUCAGACUGCCCGCCGAGUCCUAUCAACAGCCCCCUCACCACUCCACCCCCCAUGCCAGUCGAUCGCAUUGGUGAUGAGCGGGCAGAUCUCGCUGCUGGAGAUUCCACGUCCCUCUCCAUGUCUGGGCCAGACUUCGACAUCACUCCGCAGAAGCGAAAAGGAAGUCAGGUCAAAAGAAGAAGUCAAGGUGGUAGUGCUGAAGUGACGCCCAACAAAGGCUCCCCCAGCGAGGGAGAACCAAAUUUUGAGAAAAUCUUGAAAAAUCUUUAUGAGAAUACUGCGCUGCACGAGAAAAUUGCCGAGAAUAUAAACAAGGGCUUGUUAGGAAACCAGGGCAAGGCGGUUGUGAGGGACAGUGAGCCAGCUAGUAGUCGCCUAAGCAGCAGCAACGCAAUAGGAGGGGAUAUGGCAGUAGGCACAGAGGGCAGGGCGAAGUUGGGUAGUGAGACAUCGUCAAACGCCGGUGGAGAAGUUGCUCUUAUCCGAGAGCUGGACCACAUCGUCACUGGUAUUAUCAGCGAGACCACUGCAGACCCAGCCUUUGAGAACCUUUUAGAAGAAGUCUUUGGCACGAAUUCUCCAAAUAAUUCUCCAUCCAAAAUGAGCACUGUUUCACACAUGAGCCAAGACAACACAGAAGAUUCAUCACUAGAGCCAGCAAGACUUCUUUCCACUCCUGUGCCGCCACCGCCACCUAGCCAGACAGAACCACGCGAGCCUCACAUAAUACGAGUCCCCCCAUUCCACAGCUUACCAUCCCUCUCCUUCGUACUGCCCAUCCCCUUCCAUGCAUUCUUCUGCCCCUCCAGUACCCCAUUCCAGCCCCAAGCGAGGUCCUUCUCCACACCUUGCAAGCUCCUCACCCUCCCACACUUCUUCUGUGGUAAAGGAGACAGAGCUUUCUCCUCCAAAUGCUUGUGAAACCAGGAGGACAAGGAGCUCAUCCAAACGGGACAAGUUGCCCCCCUCGGGUAAAGACACUAAGCUAGACGGCGGUAAAACAGCUGCCGACACUUGCGGCGGUCAGCCAUCAGGAAGGUUCUCUGGAUCACCUAAGUCCAACACCUUAGAGAACAGUAAAUGCAGUGCAGAUGCCUCAUCUUCAGACCACACGCAAGGGUCACAAGGGAAAGGAAAGAAGAAGGGAAAAAGAGGCAUGAGGAAUUCAGACUGGAGGGAAGAUGAACAGAAUCUUGGGGAUCAGCUACUCCAAGAGUUUGCAGACUUCCAGUCAUCCCGAUCUCAGAGGAUAAGUGAAAGUGAUGGAAGUGUUGGUUCUGAGAGGAUGGAUUUGAGCAAAUUAAGUGAUGGUGCAUCUCACGUUGUGAAUCAUCCAGACAGUGGAUCAUCCUCAAAGAUCACAAGUGAAAACCCCACAAAUAAUUUGGAUAAUACAAAUGAAAACGUUCCAUGCAUAGGUGUAAGUGGUUCAGAAACACUGCAGCAGCAAAUUGAUAAAAAUGUAAUGGAAUCUGAACUUGUUCCACCAGCAAUUACAGGGAGCCCAAAUAACCUUAAUAGUCAUAGUAUGUCAGCUAGUCCAUGUAGAAGUGAAAGUGAUAUAAAUGGUAAAAAGCCAGAAGAGGGUGCAAUCAGUAAUCAUUGUCCGGAUAACAUCAUGGCUGGUGAGCAGUCUCAGCCAUUGGAUGGCAAUCAACCUGUCCAAGAAGGCAGUGAAGUUAUUCAAAGUAAUUUAGAUAUGAUGUCAAUCAUGCCAGGAAACCCAACUAUUAAUAGCACCUCAAUACCAGGAAUUUCUCAGGGUGUCCCAGGAAGUACAGAGAAUAGCCGAAUGCCUAAUAAUAUUGAAAAACCAACAUUGACAGUUAGAAGUACAACAGUGCCUGGUUUAAUACAAAAUCCAUCUGUAACUCCUACUCCUAAUUAUGAACAGCAACAGGUACCCAAUGAUUACUACACCCUAACUGAAUUGACUCCAGUCAACCCAACACAGCUUACUUAUGAACCAUAUCCUGCAAAUCAAAACUACCCUUACUAUUAUGAGCAAAAUACCACUACUGCUGUUCCUGCAACAUAUAUGCAACCCCAGCUUAGCAACCAAUGGGGAACCACUUCCGUGACCAAUGUUAAUAAUAUUCCAUUCAGUGAUGUCAGUAGUAACACCUGGCAGCCUCCCGCACAGGCAGUGGAGACAGGUUUUGUUAAUACCACUACUGAAAAGCCAGAUGCGGCACCACCUCCAACCCAAGAAAAUGGUGAAAGUCAGCUGAACAAUUGUACAGCAUUCACUAUACCCCCAGAGGUGAAGGAGAACUUGAGUCAAGGUCAACUUGUUACUCUUGGAUCAGGUCCAUCUACCCUGACAUUAUUCCAGUUUCCAGUUGGCACGAAGUUUGGUGCGCAAAAACAACAGAAAAGGAAAUCCAGUGGAUCUGGCAAUAAAAAGAAGGCAGUUCAGAGAACAACAUACCAACCAAUUGUUCCAAAGAUGCCACCACCUGAUUUACUGUUGAUGAACUCUGUGUUUGAUAAUGCUGGAACCACAAAACCUGCCUCUUCAGUGAAUUCAACUUCUGCCAGCACAGCAUCAUCUGAUAUACCUUCCACCAGUGUAUCAUCAUCAAAUUCAUCUGGCAGUGCAACAACGACAGCUUUACCUCCCGUCACAAUCACCAUGGAAAAUGAUAUCACCAUAUCUAUGCCACAAAUCAGUGCAGGUUCCUCUGCUGAGGGUACUGCGGGGAAAAGCAGAAAGAAGUCAGCCAAAAGUUCACCAAAGAAAGGCAGGGUUGUCAAUGUGACAAAGGUAAAGAAACGUGGUUUAGGGAAGGCAGGCAAAAAGGCAAAAAGAUUACAGCAGAAGGUGGAUGAGUCUGUCUUGAACAACAACAUAGUGGCAACAGCAUUCUCCUUUGCUAUUAACUCUGUAACCCCAGGCAAAGAGGAUUCAGAGAGUGGAAAAUUGUCAGAUGAUGCUUCCUUUGCCAUCGAUGAUUCUUGUGGAAUGACAAUGCCGGAAAUUUCAGAGCUAAUGGAUCCUAAUGUUCUUCCUCCGGAGGAACCAGAAGCGGCUGUGGCCAGUGAUGCAGCUCAGCCUAUCAGUGAUAAUGCGACAGAGGAAGAGAGACCAAGUCAAGAGGUGCAAAGUGAUAGUGCCUUAAUUGUUGAUGGACAAAAAGAGAAUACGGAACCAGAUUCUUCAGCGAUAAGUAGUGAGAGUACUGGGAAAUCUCCAACCUUAGUCUGCAGUGGAGGAAGGUCUCCACAGUUGAAGGCUCUUCUCUCACUCUCUAAAAGCAUAUCGCCUUCCAAGAGCAAACUGGUGAGGAACAGAACAAUAUCAGUGCACGAAAGCCCAUUGGUUCCGGGCCUCCCUAAGAGAGGCAGCCAGAGCACUCCGAGUCAUAAGAACAGUCACGUGAGGGUAUUAGACUUUGGCACACCACAGAAAUGGAGAAGCCCAGAGCGUUUGCCAGGUAGAGCCAUGGCAAGUCUGAAGUUCUCACCUCCUUUGAAGAAGAAGAAAUCUCCCAAGAAAUCAGUACCAUCACCCCUAAGCAGGAAUUCUAAGUUCCCCAAGAUUCUGUCACCAAAGAAAAUGAUACUUAAGAAAAUAUUGGAGGAAACAGAGAAGGAGCAAGCAUUGGAGAAUAAUAAGGAAAGGAAAGCAGUUGAGGAAAAUUUGGAGAGUGAGGUUACUGCAGCAGGAGAAACCCAGACAGGAAAAAUACCAGUUGCUUUAACAAAGAGUAAGAAAACAAGGAGAGGAUCCACUAGUUCAGUGAGUGAUACAGUCCAGGCUAGUGAAGGCCACCAUAAUGUUGAGACAGAGGAUGAAGAGAGCCUCAUUCUCCGCAUAGAUGAUGAAGACAGCUGUAGUUCAGAUGCUGGAACCAUCACAACUGAGACAACCAGCAUAGAACUCUUUGAACUUCCAAAAGAGAUGGAGAGUGUGAAGCAUAACCAGCAUAAAAAAGCUGCUUUAUCUGACUCUCAUUCAGUUCCUGUCACAGAAAAUGCUGCAGGUAUUCAAGGAGGAGGGAGUGCAGCACCAUCAUGUGUUUUUAGUAAUUAUGAUUCAGAAAAUUCAAAUCUUAUUACACCCUGUAAACCAGAUGAUAUGGGCCUUGUUUUCUCUGGGGGACUGCUUCCUGUAACUCCAAUGUGUCUGGAAGCACCAACACCUCUCUUGAACAGUGUAAGAAGUGUAAUGGGUAUACAAAAUGGGGAGCUCAAUACACCUCUCCUUCCAGCUGUACCAAAGACACCUGCUGGGAAAACUCCUCUGAUUAAAGAUUAUCCCCAAGGCCCUUACUCAAACAGCUCAGCUGGCACGUCUUAUUACCUGCCAUCAGAACGAUCUGCAACAGACUCCGAUGGUUACUCUCCAUCACGGCUAGAAACUGUGUGGGAGAAGACCCUUGCAGAGACCUGUAACAUGACCCAAGAGAGAAAUCUCAAUGAAAAUUUGAACUCAAGGCCAAGUCCACGAAAGAGCCCUCGCAAAAUGUCUCAGAAGGAAAUGGGCGAGGCCAUUGAACAAGAUCUAUUCAGGCUUUUCCCAGGGGAUGUGGUUGGACCUGAGUCAAGCACAACUUGUACUACAGAUACAGCCACAACCAGUGUCCCAGCACCCCAGGACACCAACCCUUCCAAAGCCAAGGAUACUUCAAAGGGUAAAGAGGGUAAGAGAAGGAGAAUCCCUUCCAAAAAGUAUCAGCAUCUGGCUGAAUCUGCCUGCUCUGAUGAUGACUUUGAAAUGCCUAGAAGUGCCACUCCCAGUUCAGAACUCAAACGGAAAAACAGAUCACCAAGCGAUGCAGCAGUGCCUAAAAACAAGUCAAAGAAGUUCAAGAUGGCAGCAGGCAGUAGAGUGGAAAACAAAGGAAACAAGGCAAUUCCAGAGACCCAAAAGAAAGGUUUGGCCUUAAAGACUAUGGAAAAUGUGCAUGAUAAGGUUAGUGAGAAACAAAUAGACUCCAAGAAGAAACUGGCAGGAAUGGGAAAAAGUCUAAGGAAAGAAUCAUCUGCAUCUACAUCAUCCUCAGAAAGGGAAAGAAAUUUGACCAAAAGAAGUUCUGAAACUAAGCCUUCAGAAUCUGAUGAUACAUGUAAUCAAAAAACAUCAAAACACAACAAAUUUGAUUCACAAAAGAUUGUUAAAGACUUUACAGUAAGUUUUAAUGCUGAACAGACAAGUAGCCCCAGGCAAAUGCACAGCAAUGGUUCAGGCUCAAGUUCUGUGGUAGCAGGCAGCAGUUCCAGUAAAAUAGAGUCCAAGAGAACAUUAUCAGCAGGUGAUAAAGGUGAGAGUAGUAUGAAUUUCCAAGUAGAAAAAGCAAAUAACCAGGAAGAAAAUGACCGUGCGGAUAAUUCUGGAAACAAGACGAAGGGUAAUGAUAAAAGAGCUGAUGAUUCUGUUGCAGGUGAGAAGAUAAAUGAGCCUGUGUUAAAAUCAAAACAAAAUACUUCCAAGACCAUAAAGAAAAUUCCAUCAGCUGAAAAGGAGAAGGUUAAGGUGAACAAAACUAGUGAAUCAAAGGCUCGUGUUAACCACCUGUUUGGGUCUGAUGUGAGCUUCUCUGAUGAUUCAGAUGAAUCAGAGGCAGAGACUGGCCCUGCUAAUGAGAGAGAAAAAAAAUCUCCACUAAAGGCAGGUGCUUUGGAAGAAGCAAACAUUCCUAAAGAGACAAGUAAUGAGGUGUGUGGCAGACGACGUAUUGGAAGAGGUCGUGGUCGGCCACUAAAAACCGCCCUACAGACAUCUCCAAGAAGAUCAGAGAGGAUGGCAACCACAAGUCAGAGAAGCACUAGACAAACCUUAAAUGUGAAACAAGCAUCACCCAGAGGCCGUAGCAGGGGCUCCCAAAACAGCGGCAGUAGCAGCAAGGAGUCAGGCAGUGGAGUUCCAGUCUCACACUUGAGAACAAGGUCCAGGUCUCCAGCAAGUGAAAAGAGUUUGCCGGACGAGGCUAACAGACAAAUGACCAGUGUCAGACGAAGAGGAAGAGGGGCCCGGUCACUUGCCACUCGGGGUCGUUUGGUGAGGAAAGACAAAGAGUCGGCUAGAGUGUCGGAUGAGCUAGACAUGUUAGAGAGCGACGUGGAGGCUGAUACCACAGGGAAGCAGAAGAUGCCAUUUUCUGUAUGGGGUGCUGGUUUAAAAUCCCCCAUUGGAACAAGUAAAGGAAAGAGCCCUACAAGUUCAAAGGAGGAACUGCAUAACCGUUGGAACACAAGCAUUGCAUCACACUGCACCUUCUCUGAUAUCAACAUAACAGACACGGAGGAUGAAAGUCCUGGCAAAAUUCUGCGACAGAAGACCCCAGAGCAUUUUGUCCGGUUCCCCAAGUCAGAAACAGGCCAAAAGUUUGUGGUGUCUGACUCGUCAGGCUGUGCUCGCACAUUGUGCUACAACAGCAACAAUAGCAGUCACAAGGAAGGCACACCAAGGAUCAAGAAUAAGGAUCUUGGGGAAGUUCAUAACAUCACUCCAAGUUCACGGAGACAUUUUCGCAGUGCUUCAUCAAGUGCAGAAUCGGCAACAGAGGAAAUAACUCAAGAUACUCACCAGGUUGCCUCCUCACCAAAAAAGGCUGUGAGGAAGCCUUCAAAUGGUGGCCAAUCUUCAUCACAAACAAGGCAUAGUAAAUCUUCAAGUGAAAAUGCCACCAGCCACGUUGCACUCAAUGAAGAUCCAUCUCCAUCAACCACAGAGGAAGCAACACCCAAUAAGUCACCCAGCGAAGGCAGCUCUCCCUCUACCUCAGCAACAUCAGAGGAGACCAGUUCCGAGAAGUCUGGGGUGUCGCCACUCAUGCAGUUCAAACCCUUGCCCGCCACGCCCGAGAAGGAGCUGGGUCAAAUUUGUCAGUCGAUAAUCAGGGAAAACAAUGCCAUGGUAGCUCUCCCUUCACCAAAGGGGCUGCAGGAAAAGGAGAAGCAUGUGGAUAAGUCAGGCGCGUCAAAAGCCAAAGACAGUGUUAAAAGAAUUCUUAACCUGAGCAGUACAAAGGAAGCAGAAAGAAGUACGAACGAAAAGAAAAUGUCAAAGAAAACAUACCUUGAAUCAGUGUCGGGGAUGGAAAGUGAGGAGAUAGAAAUGGCUAAUAAUGAUGAGAGCAAUACCUCUGAAAAAACAAAAGACACUCAUUCAGACCAUGUGGGUGAUUCCCAAGAAUUGAAAACAAAGGUGCCAGAUGAAAAAGGCCAAAAGAAAAUGAGAGAGGAACAAGGAAGUCAGUUACCAGGAGGGCAGAGGGACAACCAAGUCCUUUGUGGAGGCGUAGAUCAGGAUGACACCUCUAAUUCUACCACCUUAGAAAAAGAAAGAACUAAUUCUCCUGGCAGUGCCAUCAGUCCAGAACAUUCUUCAACUCAUAGUUUGAUAUCAGAAGGCAAAAUGACUAAGGAAAAUCCAUCACCUCAAGAGAAGGAUGUUGAAAGUCAUGAUGUUAGAGAAGUGAUUGAAGAAGAGGAUGACUGGGAAGACAUGAUCAGUCUACAGACAUCUGAGUUUAUAGAUUUGUUUUCCUUUAAUUUAGAACCAGAGAAAGUCACCCCAAAACCACCGUCAAAGGCAGCUAAUUCUAGGAAAGGAGUGAUUUCUUCCAAAGCUAAGAAACCUAUGAGUCCUAAGGACAGCAGCAGAACGGCACAACAGAAGAAGUUAAACAAUAGUCCAAAGAGCAAAGAACAGAAUCAUAAAGAGGAAGUACCUUGCUCCAAAGGAAGCAGUGGGUCUCAGAGUUUGAGAGGUGAAAGCAGCGGCAUUGGAACGACAAGGGAAUGUGGGAACAAGAGAUUAAGGGAAGAGACAUCACCAAGAGAUGCAACAGACCCUGCAAAAAAGAAACCGCCAAGGAGAAUUCAGCCCAUCAAGAUCGGCGAGGUGAAUGGGAUCAGGAAGGACAGCGUUAGCAAAAGGAGUGCAGACUACAGAGGUACCGAUCACAGCUUUCCAUCAGGACUGAAAAGUAAUCUAGGGACGGUGAAUGGGGAAAUGAUAUCAAGCGGUCUAGAGGAGGAGGAGGACAGGUCAGAAGUUUUCUCAGAGAAAGGUAGAGGGCGGGAUUCUAUUGCCCAUACAAAGGCGGCCGCGACAUAUGGCCCAGGAGUUGUGCAGUGGUGGAAGUCUGGAAAUAGCAAUGAGACCAGAUAAACCAGUAGCAAUUGUCACAAAACAUGGAUCUGAGUUUCAGACUAGCAGUGUUCACCUAAGUGAGGAAAGUACAAGUAGUGUAAUCUCCAUGCCUCCGACCCCUGGGAAGCACCUGUUUGCGCCUCCUCCAGCAGCACAUACGAUCAGUCCAGCAGGCAGUUCAUCGCAGUCCGAGUCUGGGCUGAUGCAAGGGCCUAUAGGUGUGCCGCCCAAGAAGCGCAAAAAGCAAGACGUAGCCGAUAAAAUAAAAUUGAAAAAAAUGCAGAAACUCAUGAACAUGACAGACUUUGAGAAGUUCCUGGAAAAAAUACAUCGGUGAAGGAAGCAUGCUUAGUGAAAAAUAGCAAAUCUUUCCUGCUUUAAAAAAAAAAGGAAAAAUAUUUAGAAGAUGGUGUCUGGUGCUUUGAGGGUGUUGUUCUCAAAAGACAAAUCUAAACCUGCCACAUACAGAGAAGCUAAUAUUUAGUGGUUGAUAAUAUGAAGAAUGACCAGUGUCAAUGAGGUAUGCCUUCACAGAGAAAUGUGAGUAAUUAGUGCCUGUUUGGAUAUCCUCUUUCUUAUAUUUUCCAACAUGCCUUCUCUUCUGCUCUAGUCCGGCCUCAAGGGCCAAACUUCUCUUCACAUUUAAUGGUUUAGAUUACCUUGUUCCCAUGUCCGAUCAUCAACGGUGCUUUGUGGUGGGUAGGCAGUCUUCCCUCUAAAGCUUUAAUGUAGAAGAAAAGAAAGAAAAGAAAAAA